AAUGUAGAUUGUAAGGUUAAGUUGUUUCAAUCAAUCUAAACACAUCAAAAGAUAACUGAUGGUUCAACAUUAUUGAAUAUAAUUCAAUAUUUCUGCCGAAAAUGGAAGAUAAAUCUAAAGUGAAAACUACUAAAAUAGCAGACAUUUUUGCGACCAUGGAAUAUGGAGAAAAUUUUGAAAAUUUAAACAAAGCCAUUGAAUGGUUUAAAAAUAACGAAAAUUCAUUUUUCACUUAUAUUGAAAAAAGUAGCGAAGCUCCAGUGGGAACACCAACAAAACUGAAUGAUUGUGUUACUGGUGAAAUUCUAUACAAAAUCUUUGUACCUGAGAUUGACACUAUAACAAACGUUUUGAUGAAAUGCAACGAAAAAACCAAAUGGAUUGAUGUAAAUUCUUUUCAGAGAACAAAGAUACUAAAAAAACUGGCUUCAGAAAUAGAGAAAAGUAUUGAAUUGUUUGCCCAAAUAGAAUGUAUUUCUCGUGGAAUUUUAUCAAGAGAUACCAAAAACAAAGCAGUGCCUUUACUAGCCCAAUAUUUUCAUUAUUACUCGGUUAUUGCCUUCUCUUUUAAAGCCGAUAAUCCAAAGUGGAAACCAAAAGGUAUCGCUGUAGGAGUAUUUUCAAAUGAUAAUGCUUUGACAAAUUUGGGUCUCUUUCUCGCUCCAGCCCUGGCCGCAGGUUAUAAUAUUGUUCUUCAAGUGGGAACCAAACUGGCACCUGCUGCUUUUUUAAUCAAAGAUCUUGCUACAUCAGUGGGGAUACCUGAGGAUGCAUUUCGUCUUGUACCAUCUGACGACUGUGAACUUCUGCCGUAUCUGAGUAGUGAAAAAGUUGCUGUACUUUCUUUGUUUGUUGAUCUAAAGUCUCAGAAGUACCGAGGAAUCAAUAGCAGUGGUAAAAAAAUUCUGCAGUUAUCUUCUUACAAAACGCCUGUGAUUGUUUUUGAUAGUGCUGAUCUGGAUUCAGCGUGUGAAGGCGUAAUAGCAUCAGCAUGGGGAUAUCGAAGUUUGUUGCCCUGGUCCACAAACAUGAUUUUAGUCCAGGAAAACAUUUUUCCAGUAUUUCUGAACAAAUUGAAGUCGAAAUUGAAGUCAUUGAAAAUUGGCAAUUCUGAUGAUAAAAUGGUGGAUAUUGUUUGGGGUGGUGAGUCACGCUCGAGCAAGCUGUCAGCUUUGGUAGAUUUGGCAGAGUCUCAAGGAGUAGAAAUUUUCCAAACAGAAGAGAAUUCUAACAAGUGGUGUCCAACAUUAUUCAUAGGAGGAAGGGUUCAAAUGAAUAGGGUUUUAACUUCUGACUGUCAAGAAGCAGAUGACGUUACUGUUUUAGCUUUCAGAUCCAUAGACGAAGCUGUCAAUUUGGCAAAUAAUACAAGACAAGGCCUUGGGGCCUCGAUUUGGUCAGAAAAUGUUGGUGUUGUAAACGAGGUUGCUAGAAAACUGAAAGUUGGCAAUGUUUGGGUAAAUAGCAGUUAUGGUUCUAGUACACCAGCUGUGGCAAUAUGUCCGGUGAAAGAGAGUGGCGUUGGAUACUUUGGGGGAAAAGAAGGAUUUUUGGAAUAUGUUGAACCUGAGAUACAAUCGGUCAAUCCUGUUCGAAAGGCAAGUUCAAAUGCAAGCAUAUCAGUUGCUAGUAUUAUAGAAUCCGCUAGAAGGUCACAAGAGAACUGGAGCAAGGUACCAAAAAUUGAAAAAUCCAAGAUAUUUCAAGAAUAUGCUGAAUAUUUAGAUAACCAAAAGAGCAAUAAAUCCAAUUUAUCUGAUUGGAUAGUGUCCACGAUCGACGAUAUCUACGAGUCUCUGAAGGAUUCAUAUCGAGAAACUCCAAACCUAACAAGUUCAUAUAACUUAAAUACUCUAACAGAGCCCAGGGGGGUAGUUGCAAUAGAUAUUUCGCAAUCUGAGAAUAGAAAAUUGAUUUUCACAGCUUUGUACCAAGGAAAUGCUGUACUGCUUUUUAGUAAAUCAACUUGUUCCUCAGAGUUUCUUACUAAGCUAUGUUCCUUACUACCAAGAGGUGUAUUCAGCAUUGUGCCCUACAGUUUGGAAGCUGUGAAGAAUAUUUCUGUCAAUAAAUGUGUGAAUGUUUAUUUUGGAAAUGACAUAAAUUCUGUUUUUGGAUGUUUGCCUAUUGCUGAAUCUACAGUGUUCACGAAAGUAUCUGACGAAUGGAGUGAUAUCCACAGAAAAGUAACUGUUUUGAAAAAUAUCUGGACUGAUAUUGGAAAAUCAAGUUCUUGUAAUUUGGGUAACUAUUGAAAAUAAAGCAGAAUGUGGAUAGGUAUCCUAAA